AUGCUUUCUUCCAAAAUAGCCACCAACGGCUUGAUAAAGUCAUUCAGGCAAGCUCUUCCCCUCCUGCUUAUACUGAGCAGGUCAUUCACUCAAAACCACUCGCUUCUACAAGACAGGCCCAAGAAACCAUUCAAAAACGCCUUAAACAAGGACCGUCAGGGCCUGAACUUCAACAAUAAAGGCUUCAACAACAGAAGGUACAAUAACGACAGAAACGCCAACGACAGGUACCCUCAACAAGAUAGAACCAGCAUUUACACCGACAGACUCACAGAUCAUAAAGGCAGAACGAGGUUUGUGAAGUUCACCUUUGAAACAGCCAGUGAUCAAGGGAAACUCGCCAUCAAGGACCUUAUUAAGGAAGUCCAGAAAGUCAAUCCUACUUAUGAGGUUCAGUUCCGUGACGAUGUCACCAAGGAGCUGUUUAGGAGUAACCUUAGUGAGAUCGUUAACCAGCUUGACUUUGCUGAAGAUGGACUCACUGUAUCUUUUCCAAGACAAGAAAGCGGUAAGGUCUCUUUGCCUAUUAUAAAGAAAGUGAGCAUCAAGGAUAUGCUUAAGAAGUAUUCGGAUAAGCUUGCAGCCCAGAAGGAGAAGGAGCUUUUGGAACUGGGAAGUACUGCUGCUAGGAAAGCCGCUCAGCAUAAGUUGCAAGUUGAAAGGAAGAAGCUGGCAAUUAAGGUUGUUCCUAUUUCGUGGUCGAUCAGCGACCUGGACUUGAGAAACCAGAAGUUCCUUAAUAUUCAGAAAAGAGUGGAGAAGCAGGAUAAGUUCUUUGUCUAUAUUGGUGACAAGAGCUCAUUGUCUGCGUCCAGGAAGUUGAAUGAAAAGGAACAGCUUUUGGGCCUGUUGACAAAUGGCGAUACUCUCAGGAGGACCGCCGAGGAUAGUUUGGAAAUUGAGUUGCUCAAGCGUGAAAAGUUGGUCGAUAAGGUUAGACAAUUGCUUGUUGAGCUCGGUUGUCCAUUUGAAGAGACUGGAAGUGUUGAUGCAAGAGCUGCUUUUGACUGUACACCAAGGAAGACAGCCGAACCUAAGGGUGCUAAAACAGCUGUCGAUUCAUCUGGUGAGUUGUCUGAGAAAGAAUUGAAGAAACAAAGACGUUUGGAGAAGGCUAAGGCUAAGGAAGAGGAAAAAGCAAAGGCGCUGGUACCCAAAGAUGACCUUGACUCACUUUAUCUGUUCAAGCUUGACGAUUAG